AUGGCCCCGUCUAACUCAAAAAAUAACAAAGAGGAUAUUGCCAGUGAUGGCUCCUCUGCCUUCUCUACUGGUACAUCUCUUUCUUCUUAUGAUGGCGGAUCUGAAUCGUCUUCUUACUCAACGGCAUCAUCUCGUUCUCCCAGUCAUCUCUCUCGUCGUGACUCUUUCUAUUCCGCGUCUCCAUCUACUAACAGCUCCCUCGGCUACAGAAGACAUCGUUCUCCGGAAUCUCGUAGCCAUUCUUCUCAUCGUUCUGGAUCCAGUGUCGCUUCUGAUGUCAGUCGCAAGAGUAUUCUUAAAAAUAGAAUGCCCACGAGAAGACGUUCUGUAUCGAGAAAAAGCAAAAUGUCUCCGAAAAGAAAGUCUACGAUUCGUCCAGUUGGAAAUUUCGCAAUGAUCAAGAAUCCAGCCAUCAAGAAUCAAGUUCGUGGAUUCCUCAACAGCUAUUCACAAUCGUCGGAUUUCGAGGCUUUCUCUCUUUCCGUCGACGGAAUUCCAUUCGUUGCUCUUUCUCUUCUCAGUGCUGAUGAGGCUCUUCUUGACAGAUUCAAGCCACAACCUCCGACUCCGAUGAAGAAACAUGUUCCAGGAGUGAACAACCCUCGGAAACGUCUUCAACCUCACCGAUCGACAUCCUCUUCAAGUUCGAAACAAGUUCGUUUUACUGAUGAAGGAGCUUCUACUUCUGCUCCUAAAAAAUCUAAAAAGUCAUUGUCGAAUGAAGAAAUUCACGAGCUUGGCCAGAAAGUAUCCGAUGCAAUGCUGGAAACCGAUCGUCAAUACGAUGAUUUGUGGAAGGAUCGAAAGGAUUGA